GCUGAGUUGUCACUUUUGUUUUGGAAGUUGACAGGCACGUGAGCUGCUGUCGUCAUCAGCAGAGGAGCAGCGACAUGGCGGCGAGUUGUUCUGUGAAGGUUUUAUUUGAACAGGAGGGAGUCUUCAGACAUCCCAGCAGCGAUGAAGACGGCAUCGAGCAUGAUUUACUAAUUUCAGGGUCACUUCGGAUUGUUGACAAGGAUGCUGAAAUCAUUGUGGAGUACAGACCUCUGGAAGAUACUGUCGACCCAUCAAACAUGCUGUGUGCUGGAAAGGACUCCAGUUCAGUCAUGGAGUGGGAUCAGUGCUCAGGUGAGAGGUCCCACCAGCUGUUAGAAACCCAGCAGAGUUACGAGACAGAGUGGGACAUGGUCAACGCUGUGUCCUUUAAGAAGAAGACCUGUACUAAUGGAGACAGCUCUCUCAACCACAGCCAUGAGAGGAGCAGGUGGGCUCUGGCCUUCAGUGUCAGUGAGCUCAGGUCCAUCACAGUGAAGGAAGAGGGUUGGACCUUUCUGACCUUCAGACUGAGGGAAACCUCCUCCUCCCUGCCUGCUCUGCACUUCCACCAGGGCGGCAGCACCGACUUCCUGGACAACCUGAGGAGGUUCGCUCUGCUCAGCGAGUCUCCAGAUGAUGAUACGUGUCUGUUGGUCAGCUCACCAAACAAAGCUCUGUCUCAGUCCUUCGAGAACCUUCUGGACGACAACAACUUCGGCCUUGUGCAGCAGAAGUUCAGAAAGGAUCCGUAUGUCACCACGCUGGGCGGGUUCUCCAAAGUCACCAACUACAUAUACGAUGCUUUCCGGGGCACAGAGGAGCAGCACCAGCGCCCCCCGGAGGAAGUGGCCGACGUUCUGGGUGAAGUCAUCCCAGGUCUGGAGAUCAACCAGCAGGAGGAGCCCGGCUUCGAGGUCAUUACCAGGAUCGACCUGGGAACGAGGCCUCAGGUGACGAGGAGGGAGCCGCUGUCAGCAGAGGACUGGAGCAAACACCAGGAUCCAGAGGGGAGGAUGACCAACAUCACACACCUCAAACAAGUCAUCUUUAAAGGGGGACUCUGUCACGCUGUGAGGAAGGAAGCCUGGAAGUUUCUGUUGGGAUAUUUUCCCUGGGAGAGCACGCUGGAGGAGAGGAAGAGCCUGCAGAGAGCCAAAACCGAUGAAUACUUCAGGAUGAAGCUGCAGUGGAAGUCCGUCAGUGAGGAACAAGAGAGGAGAAACUCCAAACUGAGAGACUACAGGAGUCUGAUCGAGAAAGACGUGAACAGAACUGACAGAACAAACAGGUUCUACGAAGGCAUCGACAACCCGGGUCUGGUCCUCCUCCACGACAUCCUCAUGACCUACUGCAUGUACGACUUCGACCUGGGUUACGUUCAGGGGAUGAGCGACCUGUUGUCACCAAUUCUCUACGUGAUGGAGAACGAAGUUGAUGCUUUCUGGUGUUUUGUGUCGUUUAUGGAGCAGAUGCACCAUAACUUUGAGGAGCAGAUGCAGGGGAUGAAGACUCAGCUGAUCCAGCUCAGUACUCUGCUCAGACUGCUGGAUCUGGCCUUCUGGAACUACCUCGAGUCUCAGGAUUCAGGAUAUCUGUAUUUCUGUUUCCGCUGGUUGUUGAUCAGAUUCAAGCGGGAGCUCAGCUUCCAGGACGUCCUCCGACUGUGGGAGGUGAUGUGGACGGGUCUUCCCUGUCAGAACUUCCACCUGCUGGUUUGCUGUGCCAUCCUGGACUCAGAGAAACAGAAAAUCAUGGAGGAGAACUACGGUUUCAAUGAAAUCCUCAAGCACAUUAAUGAGCUUUCAAUGAAACUGGACAUUGAAGAAAUCCUCCAGAAAGCAGAAGGCAUCUGUCUGCAGAUAAAGAGCUGUAAGGAUCUGCCUCAGUCCAUCAGCGCCAUCCUGGGCUUUGACACAGAGGUUUCUGGCUCCGCCCCCACGGACUAUGAAUCUGCUCCGGCUCUCAGACCCCCGCCGCGAGCAGACGCCUGCUCCAAUGGACACUUGAGAGAAACCAGCUCUCACAACAGCUGCAAAGUUGCCUUCAUAUCGUAGUGAACAGCAGAGACUGACUCAGUGCGUCAGAGCACCACAGCGGUCGGCGUUUCACCACGUCGCCACGACAACAGAGAGGAAGAGGAGGAGGAUGUAAAAAGGAUUUAAGAUUAUUCAGAAUCUUAUUUUUGUAAUUUCUUGUAUCAUAUUGUCUCUUUGAGUCAGAUAGUCAUUCCUUCUCUCCUGAUCAUUUCCUAAAGCUCCAUUCAGACAGCAGGAGGCGGAGUCUAAAGCCACCUCAGGGGGGCCUCAGGGGGGCCUCAGGGGGAAUAAAAGUCCACAUAUCCAGUCAGAGAAUAAACCCCACAGACUGUCUGAUUGGAGCUUUAGAGGGGCGGGGCCUCGUCAUGUGACCACGUCAGGUCCCACAUGGUGAUUUAUUUUAUUAUUAAUGAGAUCAAACUAUUAACUGAUUAAUAACCUCCUCCAGUAUUAAUCCUGAUAUCAGAGCAGAAUAAAGGAUGUUGAUGGUGGAACAUUGUGUUUUAUACAGGACGUAUUAUUAUUAUUGACACAGUCUGGUUUCUGGGGUGGGAGUUAAACCAACGUUAGGAUGGAGGAAAGGAAGUGAAAGCAGCAACAACAACAACAACAGGAAAAUAAGGUGAAAGUAAUAAGAAUGACAAAAAAAAAUAAAUCAAUGAAUUAUUCAACAUGUUACAAACUGUCACUCAUACAGUCAGAUGGUAAUAAGUUGGGAUGUGACGCAAUAAUAAAUAAAUUAUUUAAUAACACCAGACUCCAUUGAUAAAAACACUGAUUUAAGCUCUCUGGUCUGCUGCUGCCUCCAUCAUCGGUCUGUAAUCCAGACCAUCAGUCGGUCUGGUGGCUUUACAGAGAGCAAAGAUGAUAAAACAGUGUCAGUCCCGUCACAAAGAGGCAGCUGCUGAUAUUAUAAUUUAAUUGAUACAUUAUAUAUAUAAUAAUAAUAUUAUUAUUAUUAUAUGUAUAAUAAAGUACACUUUCUGAUGAAAAAACUUUUAAAUUAAUUUAAAAAACUAGCAGUCAUGCAUAAUUAGCAUAAUUAUACUAUGUUAAAUAAAGAAUAUAAUACUAAAAUGACAGAAUAUCAUCUGCAUAAAGAUAAAACUUUGGUUUUCCAUAAUCUAUUAAUUGUAAACAUUUAAAUGAAGCGCUGUAUUGUUAUUAAUGUUGUAUUAUUGUGGAUGUUUUCUGCUGAAAAUCGUUUUCAAAGCAGGAACAUUGAAGAAAGUUUGAGUUUGUGAUCCAGCGUAGAAAAUCAGUUCUUGUCCUCCAUCUGCAGAUCUUAAAGAAUCAUUCAGUUUAUAAUAACUCUUAUUUUUACAGCGUUGGUCGUCACUUCUGAUAAUAUUAUAACAGAAUGAGCUCAUUCUCCAGACGCUCAGGUCGAAGGUCAAACGAUGGAAAAAUAUGAUGAGAUCAUCCAUUUCUGAAGUGAGGAAGGUUACAUCCUCCUCAUCGUUCCACACAGCUGACAGGAAGUGACGACCAAAGCUACAAAAAUAAAGGCCUGCCUUGUAAUAAACUGUAAUCUCUUUCCUGGUUGCUUUGUUGACACCUGUGGUUAUUAUGGUCAAUAAUAAUAACUACAACCUUUGUCUGAGGUCUGUUUCCUGUGGCUAUUUCACAAUAAAAGCCAGUUGAAGUGAUUAAAUACAAAGCAGCCACAGCAGGAAAUGUAUUAGCAUUAGCAGUGAGCUAAUGAUACACUGCCUGUAUAGAGCUUUAAUUCCUUAUUAAAAGGUUUGAUUAAUUAACUUUAAUUGAACUCCCAGUAAGAGAGCAAAAAGCUUUAUUUCUAAAAUGUUCCUUUAAACCCGACACAAGAAGCUUUAUUAAUCAACAUCUGCUGUUCAGACGGCUUUAUUAGAAAGACAGGGUUGACAGGAAAUAAUGUGAUUAUUGAUAAAGGAAGCAGACACUGACUGUGCUGAAGCUUUAAUGACUGCUUUGACUUUAUUUUCUGUUUCUGCUGCAGGUUGAAACAUUUGUGAUUUCUGAUCUUUUCAUGUAAUCGAUUGAACACUUGGGGCAAUAAAACAAUUUCAGGAGCAUUUUUAA